UCAACGACACAUCAUUCAGCCGUGGACUUUCGACUUGACGCAUUUACUUUUAGCGUAUGCUGCAGUCGCGACUCAAUAUGGACUUCUACAGAGUACCAAACAACAACCCGAUGGAUUACAACGUUGAUAACGUGGAACACAAACAAGUGAAGAUGUUUCCUUGCCAGGAGGAUCGCUUCGACAGCGGCCUCGAUUCUUUGAAAGAGGACGAUUUGGCCAACGAUCUGGCGGAAUUAAAAGUCGUUCAUUGCGAACCAAUCCUGGAGGAUAACGAACCAUGGAGAAAUGCGGUGACAGAAGACGGUGACACGUAUCUGCAUUUGGCCAUUAUUCACGAAGCCACGGAACAAGUGAACCAGAUGAUCAAGCUCUCCCACAACCAACCCUUCCUCAAUGCACAAAACCUCCAGAGACAGACGGCGCUUCACUUGGCCGUCAUCACAGACCAGCCCCAGUUGGUGGAGAGGCUACUGAAGGCCGGCUGCGACUCCCGGCUAGCAGACGAGGACGGCAACACGGCCCUCCACAUCGCCUGCAAACGGGGAUCGCUCCACUGCUUCAGUGUACUCACACAGAACUGCCCACACCAGCUCCCCUACCUCCUCCCCCACCCCAACUACGAUGGACACAACUGCCUCCACUUGGCAUCCAUCAACGGCUUCCUCUCAUUGGUCGAGAGCCUGGUCCAGCUCGGAGCAGACAUAAACGCACCGGAACAGUGCAGCGGUCGCACGGCGCUCCACCUAGCUGUAGACCUCCAGAACUCCACCCUGGUACGCUGCCUGCUUUCGCUGGGUGCCAAUGUGCACAGCAUCACAUACGGCGGGUUCACGCCGUACCACCUGACCUAUGGCCGCCAGAACGAGGAGAUCCGCCACCAGUUGUACGAGCGCACGGCACAAGAGCUGCGGGAUCUGCCCGACAGCGAGUCGGAAGACUACGACCGGGACGAUGCGUCCGACGAGGAGAUGUACGAUGACAUCAAGUUCGGAAAGUAGAGACCGUUCCACCAUCUGCUGUGUGCGCGUGUCACAGUGAAGCUGCUACAGGAUUUCCUUGCCCAGAGUCCAGGGGGAUGACCACCAUUGGUCUGCCAUUCCUCCUCCCAAGAGCCGCAGGUCCCUGCGAAGACCCAUAGAGCCGGUCCUGGGACCACAUCAUGAGAACCGAGAUGGUGUCUGACCGGGGGCCAAUCGGGGCCCACCCGUUGGAACAAUUUUUCCAAAUCGAAAAACAAUGAUCCACGACACCUCAAAGACAUUGGCCUCUGACGGGCUAAUAUUUUUUAUAUAAUGUAAAUACAUAGAUAUAUAUUUUUUUUUUAUGUGAAUACUUUUUAUUGUAAACACUAUGAGUCAACGUGAGAUCAUACAUGAAUUAAAUUACUUAUAAAUAUA